AUGGCUCCUGCUUUAAGGAGCCUCUUGAUAGGUGCUGUGGCCUUUUGGCCCGGCAUCGCGAUGGCCUCACACAACGCAACCUAUUCACAGGCCGAUCAACUACGCGCACAGUUAGCUCUCAUGGGUGAUCGUCCAGAUGGUUGUCCUCCAUGCUUUAACUGUCUCCUCCCAGCUCACACAUGUGCUCAAUACGCCGGCUGUAAUGAGUUCAAUGGAAAAUGCGCCUGUCCUGAGGGAUUUGGCGGUGACGACUGUCUCGAGCCACUGUGCGGCUCACUCCCCAAGGGAAAGGAUCGCCCAAUGCGUUCGGGCUCAACAUGCGAAUGCGACGAGGGCUGGACCGGCAUCAACUGUAAUGUCUGCACAGACAACAAAGCUUGCAACGCUCUCAUGGAGAAAGGAGAAGGUGGUGUAUGUUACCAAAACGGAGAGGUCGUGAACCAUAACUACCAGAUCUGUGAUGUUACGAACCAGAAGAUUACAUCUUUGCUUGGCAAGCAGCGCCCAGAGGUUACGUUUACUUGCAAACGAGAAGACCAGACCUGCGACUUUCAAUUUUGGGUUGAUGCCAUCGAGUCUUUCUACUGUCACCUUUCCGAAUGUGACUCGACCGCCGAUUGGGAGGAGUCCAAGAACACCACUUCCUACAAAUGCAACAAGAUCAGCUGCAGCUGCAUUCCUGACAGAAUGCUCUGUGGUAAGGAUGGAUCGAUUGAUCUGACCGAUUUCCUCGAUCAGUCCAUCCAAGGCCCGGGACGGUUCGAGUGUACUCAGAAACACGGCGGCACCCAUGACUGCGCUUUCAAAGAACCCGAGAUGGAUGCCUUGAUUCUUGCAUUAAUCGGCGAUUCCAGCAUCUUCCUCGAUUGCCACGCUGGCGAGUGCCUCUACGAGACAGAGGUGCCAGGGUGGAAGCGACCUGUGAAACAGAUCAACACACCUCUUAUCGCUGGUGUUAUCGCUGGAUGCUCGCUGUUCUUGGUUGCUGUCAUCAUCCUGACAUGGUACCUGUCGAGGCGAAAGUUGAACUACGGAGCGAUUCGCUUGGAGGACUCCGACGAUGAGAACACCAAAUUAAUGGCUGACCACAAGCCUGCCUCACUCUACUUCGAAGACGUCGCUUACAAUCUUAACGGUAAGCAGAUUCUCACGGGAAUCCGCGGUAUUUGCAAACCAGGAGAAGUCACUGCCAUUAUGGGUGCCUCUGGAGCAGGAAAGACGACAUUCCUUGACAUACUCGCCCGAAAGAACAAGCGCGGACAGGUUUAUGGUAAUUUUUAUGUCAACGGAGAAAAGGUUGACGAUAGCGACUACAAGAAUGUCGUUGGAUUUGUGGACCAGGAGGACACCAUGCUCCCUACUCUUACCGUCCAUGAGACGAUUCUUACCAGUGCUCUGCUUCGGCUUCCCCGCGACAUGGGACGUGCUGCCAAAGAGCAACGAGUACUCGAGGUCGAGAAGGAACUCGGCAUUCACCACAUUCGUGACUCCCUCAUUGGUUCUGAAGAAGGUAAGGGCCGUGGUAUCUCGGGUGGUGAGAAGCGACGUGUUGGGAUUGCCUGCGAACUGGUUACCAGCCCCUCCAUCUUGUUCCUUGAUGAACCUACCAGUGGCCUCGAUGCCUACAACGCCUACAACGUUAUUGAGUGUCUCGUGACCCUUGCGAAGACCUACAAGCGCACUGUCAUCUUCACAAUCCACCAACCUCGCUCCAACAUUGUUGCUCUUUUCGACAGACUAGUGUUAUUGGCACAGGGACGAACUGUUUAUUCAGGCCCUUUUAACCAAUGCCAGAGCUACUUUGACGAAAUUGGCUACGAAUGCCCUCCUGGAUUUAACAUCGCUGAUUAUCUUGUCGACCUUACGAUGCAUGCCAGCAGUACCCAGUCGGUUGACGAUGGAACUGUCGGCCUCGACAACAGUAGUGUUGGCCCUAGCAGCACUCGUGCAAUCAAGUCUGUUGCAAGCAUUUCCGGUACCACUUCUGGAGACGACGAUGCUGGCUCAAGCAGACCCAAGAAUCAUCGUAGACAUUCUGUCAAGCUUCGCCAGGAGCGUCAACUGUUUACACGCAGAAAGACAGUUGAUACUGCAGCGUCCUCAGAUGCUGGUGGUGAGGAUAAUGGUGCUUAUAGACUUCAUCAGAACCCUGUUGACUCUCUAACUGCCCCUCUUCUAGAGGACCCUCACGACCUGCCUCCAGCAGCCGCCACCGGAACCGACCUCGACAUCAUGACUCAGUCCUUCGUCCACUCAGAUAUCGCCCGCUCAACUCACGAAGAGAUUCAGCAAGCCAUCCAGACUGCAGACAAUGCCAACGGUGCCAAUUCAAAUGGUUAUACCACUCAGGGGCCGAACAUUCAUGUCAGUGCCGUAGGAAAGGGGUAUGCUCGUGUUGGAUACCUUCGCCAAUUCAUCAUUCUAUCCCAGAGGACAUGGAAGAACUUGUACCGAAAUCCAAUGCUGAUGCUCACCCACUAUGCCAUUGCCAUCGUCUUGGCUGUUUUCUCGGGGUAUCUCUUUUAUGGCCUCACUGAUGAUAUCCCUGGCUUUCAAAACCGACUUGGUCUCUUCUUUUUCCUACUCGCACUCUUUGGAUUCAGCACCCUCACGAGUCUCAAUGUCUUCGCUACUGAACGUCUCCUUUUUGUUCGAGAGCGUGCCAAUGGCUAUUAUGCACCUGCCACAUACUUUGCGGCUAAAGUGCUAUUUGACAUUAUUCCUCUUCGGAUCAUUCCCCCAAUCCUCAUGGGUUCCAUCAUUUAUCCCAUGACGGGACUGGUAGCCGACUCGACACACUUCUUCAACUUCAUCCUCGUGCUAGUAUUGUUCAAUAUGGCUGCGGCCGCUGUGUGCCUGUUCAUCGGCAUUGUUUGUAAGGAUGGCAGCGUGGCAAACCUGAUUGGCAGUCUCGUCAUGCUCUUCAGUCUUCUAUUUGCUGGUUUCCUACUCAACCACAAAGCCACACCAAAGGGCGCGCUCUGGCUCCAGACACUAUCCAUAUUUCACUACGGCUUUGAAUCACUUAUUGUGAACGAGGUUCUUCAUCUUACUCUUGUGGAUAGCAAGUACGGCCUUGAUAUUACUGUCCCUGGCGCAGCAAUCCUUAGUUCCUUCGGGUUCAACAACGACGCCAUGUGGCCUGACAUCAGGAACCUCGGCAUCUUCGCUGCCGUAUUCAUUGUCUUGUCCUAUGCUGCUAUGCACAUUCUGCUUGUUGAAAGACGAUAG